CAGGCAGUAGCCAUAUUUGUUGAUGUGUCAUAAUAUCAAAAGGACUUGUUGGGCCGAUUAGCUGCUGUCAAGGCAGAUUAAAGUUCACAUUUUACCCCAAGUCGCCUGUACAUUGAACCGCUCAUGGAUUUGCCACACUUGAUUUGAUGAAAACAAGGCACCAUGGAGCAAGCUGAUCCGGCCUCAGAUUCGCACAUGGCGGAAGGAUCAGACGUCAAGUCGGUGACAGGCCUGCCGCUCCAGAAGUGUACAACCCAAGUGGAAAAUCACACGUCUGACGAUUGCACAGAGGAAUGUGUGCAGACAGAAUGCAUUCCUGUGGACAUCCAAACAGAGGUGGAAGAACAAGAAAGAGAACGUGAGCUUGCAUGUGAUGACAACAGUGAUGGCAUGACAAGUUCAGCAGAGGAAGAAAGGCCACCUCUAUCAAAUGAAGACUCAUUAUGUGAUGCACUUGAAAGCUCCCCCUCUGAUCUUGAAGGGACGAUAAAAACGUUGCUGAUUUUCGGCAAUGAGUUCCCUACGGAGGAGUCGCCACCAGAUGUGCUUUCAAAUGGUCACAGGGACGAGCGCGCACUGCAGAGCCACAAUGAAUCGCUUCACGGCACUUCCAAAACCCCCCCCCCAAACUCCGCCACCACAUCCGGCAUUUCUAACGGCUCCUCCACUCCUACCACGGAAACCACCAGCUCCUCGGUAGCUUCCAGCCCACAAAGCGGCACUAACGCAUCAGCCAACCCCUCUGAUUCCUCCUCGAGCCCUUACGAUACGGACUGCAGUCGCAAGAUGAUCUCCCAGCUCCAGCGCUCGUUGUCGCAGGAGUCCCUGCUGGACGAGCUGGAGUCUGAGCUGUUGGCCUGUAGGAUGUUGGACGGCGAGCUGGAAGGCAGGAAAAAAGCAAGCCAGCCCGUCAAUGGACUUUCUCCGGAGCAGGGCGAGUGCAUGGUAGUGUUUGAGAAGUGUGUCCAGUUCAAGUAUGACCAACAGGAAAAAUCCAUUCAGAGGUUGCUGGAGGAGAACAAGCGGCACCAGGAUCUGAUCCUUGGUAUCUGCUCUGAGAAGGACAUAAUGAAGGAGCAGCUGAAAAAGAGGGCUGAGACAGAGAAGCAACACAUUGGCACCAUCAGAAAAUUGGAGAGCAGAGUGGAGGACCUGCUGAGGGAGCUGAAGGAGACUCGGGACAAACUCAUUCAGCAGGACCAGACGGCCAAGGCUGGCCUCAUGCAAAUGCAGAAGGAGAUGACCCACCGCCUUGAACAGGCAAACAGGAAAUGUGACGAGGCGCGCCAAGAGAAGGAGACCAUGGUGAUGAAAUAUGUGCGCGGGGAGAAGGAGGCUCUGGACUUGAGACGUGAUAAGGAAGGUUUGGAGAAGAGGCUUAGGGAGGCCACAAAGGAGGUGGACCGCCAGGCCUUGCGGGGGAACCAGCUGGCGCAGGAGAGAGGCAGGCUGCAGCAGCUGUGUGAUGCAAAGGAAGGGGAGGUCACCAGGCUGAAUCGCGAGGUGGAAAAAUUAAAGGAGGAAAACAACUCACAUCUUAUCAAAGUCAGAUGGGCCCAGAACAAACUCAAGAGUGAGGCCGACGCCCACAAGGAGUCUAAAGACAAGCUGAGGGAUAUCACUUCCAAACUGGCGCAAGCCAAAGAAGAAACGGAGCAGAUCCGCAAGAACUGCCAAGACAUGAUCCGAACAUACCAGGAGUCCGAAGAAAUCAAGUCAAAUGAGCUGGAUGCUAAACUGAGGGAGACCAAAGGAGAACUGGCAAAACACAAGCAGGAACAAACUGACCAAUUAGAGGUGCAUCGUGUGAAGGCCAAAGAACUGGAGGACCUGAAGAGGAGUUACAAGGAGAGCAUGGACGAGCUAAACACACUCCGCACGAAGUUAAAGUGUCUGGAGGACGAGCGUCCCCGCUGGGAAGACGAGCUGAGCAAGUACCGGGAGAUUAUCAACAGACAAAAAGCCGAGAUAGGUCGCCACAAGCACGAGUUGGACAAAAUCGCAGCACUUGAGGAGCAACAACAACGAGACCAGCAAGAGAUCACGUUGCGCUGCGAGGAGGUCGACGCGCUGAACACCCAGAUGGCCGACCUCCAGCGCGACGUCCAGGGCAGCAGGGAGCGCGAGGCGGAGCUGUUGGGCUUCACUGAGAAGCUCAGCAGCAAAAACGCACAGCUGCAGUCCGAAAGCAAUGCACUGCAGGCCCAGCUGGAUCAGCUCAGUGGCAGGUUCACCGAGCUCAAGGCCAUGCUGGAAGAGACAGGCAGCAUGCUGGACGACAAGUCGCGGCGGCUCAAGCAGGAAGAGGUGCUGAGGCAGCAGGAUGUGCAGGGCCUGCAGGAGGAGCGGACGGCGCUGCAAGCCGAUGUGAGCCAGCUCAAGACGCGAGUCGACGAGCUAAGUGACGAGCUGGUGACUCAGAAAAGGAAACAGGUGGCCAACAUCAAAGACCUGACCAAACAACUAAUGCAAGCCCGAAAGCGACUAGAGCAGGUUGAAAACGGAGGCUGCGAGCGGGACGGCGGCAGCAUGGGGAGCCGAUCGAGUUCCUCAGGUGCUUCCUCUGGCUCCCUGAAUGCACGUCACGGAGGUAGCGGAGGGGUCGAGGAGCGCUCGCCAGAGAGCCAGUCGGGCACCUCGGUGGUGGUCGUGGACAGCUUCCCUCAGGUGGAUAAAGCCGUGCUGGUGGAGCGCAUCGUCCGCCUGCAGAAGGCGCUGGCUCGCAAGCAGGAGAAGAUCGAGUUCAUGGAGGAUCACAUUAAGCAACUGGUGGAGGAGAUCCGGAAAAAGACCAAAAUCAUCCAGAGCUACGUGCUCAGGGAGGAGUCUGGGGCACUUUCGUCGGAGGCGUCGGACAUCAACAAAGCCCACCUGAGCCGGCGUGGCGGCAUCAUGGCGUCGCUGUACACAUCCCACCCGGCUGACAGCGGGCUGACGCUGGACCUCUCGCUAGAGAUCAACAGGAAGCUGCAGGCAGUGCUGGAAGACACGCUGCUGAAGAACAUCACUCUCAAGGAGAACCUUCAGACGUUGGGCGCAGAGAUUGAGAAGUUGAUAAAACAGCAGCGAGACCCUGUGGAUGCAGCGAGGAGGAAGUGACAGUAAAAAGACUAAGUGGAUUUGAUGAAAGACUAAUCUUAAAUGUGCCAGUAGCAUCUACUUCUUCUUCUCCUCCUCUUCCUCCACUUACUUGAAUCCUCCCAAUCUUUUGAAAAGGGAUAUCUUCUCUAAUGAGCCAUGCUGUGAUUCUUCUGUGGACCUUUUAGGACCUCCGGAGGCCAAAAUAGUGAAUGUAACCAAAUGUAGAAAAAGUGGGUAAGUUAUUCAAACCUCUAUGCCAAAAUCUGUCAUGUCGUCCAUCUUUAUGACGCCUGCUCAACUUGCGGAAUCAUUUUGCAUUUAUAUGUUCUUUCUUUUUCCAAUUUAUUUUCCUCUCCCCCGCUUUUUUUUUUUUUUUAUCAGUAAUAUAUUUUACAAUGUCUCUUUUUAUUUAAAAAGACCUCAGACAUUUAGUUUUUUUCCUUUCUAAUCAAACGCAAUGUUUUUCUCCAGCAUUUACUGUUUCCUGGCACUCUUUUUAAUGGGAUGAGGUUAGAUGUGUGUGUGUGUGCGUGCGUGCACAAUAUAUGCACACACAUACUGUAGAUAUAUAUGUAUAUAUACAUCUGUGUAUAUAUGUACAUUGUAUCUGUAUUUGUACUGUACACAAUGUAUAUACACACAAUGCAGUGUGUAUGUAUUAUGUGUGUAUUUAUAGUGUGUACAGUACAAAUAUAUGCGUGUGUAUUAUGCAUACAUACAAUUACACACAUAUAUACAUAUAUGUGUGUAUUUAUAUAAAUAUAUAUGUAUAUAUACAUACAUACACUCACAUGUAUAUUCAUACAUAUGAGUGUGUGUAUAUAUAUUAUAUAUAUACAUAUAUAUACAUGUUUGUAUAUGUACGUGUAUACAUGUGAGUGUGUGUAUAUAUAUAUAUAUGUAUAUAUAUAUAUAUAUAUGUAUAUAUAUAUAUAUAUAUAUAUAUAUAAAAUGUAUAGACUUAAACCAGUAUUCGAAUGUAAAGUAUAAAAUUAAACACCGCAUUGACUUAUGAGAUUAUAAGGACAAUUUAGUAGUAUUUUACUCAAAAACGUUAAAGUAUUACAAAACUAACCUAUAAUGCAGAUUUCAGAUUUUUGUUAAGCAUAGUCCAUGCAUUUUUGGCCUAAAUUAAGCAUUUCCAAGCACAAAAAUGAGUAAGUUAACUAAAAAUAUGAAUUCUACAGUACUAAUGGCCAGUAGGUGAAACCAUGCUAAUUUGAGCACGUUGUUCAGUAUCAAGGCCACUGAUUGGCUCAGCCUCAGCAGCAAUACUAUUGGAUUAAAAGAGUGUAAUGGUGUUUAUGUGAGUGUUAUUUUAUGUCCACAGGGCUUUCAUACUGGUCAACCCUUUUUCAUAAUUCAUAAUUAGUAACUCCUACUUUGCUGAAAUUCUUGAAUAAUAACUAAAGAAAAAAUGUGAUUUUGAUGGAUACCUAUAAUAAGAGUUUGCAAAUACUAUAUAGAUCAAAUGAAAAGCCACGUUUGAGAGAAUAUAGUAAAAUUUUGCUCAAAGACACAAUACAAUUACAAAUCUUAUUUUAGGUUGUGCUGCACGGUUCAAUUCAAUUCUGUUGGAAUAAAAGAGGUUUACUUUCAUUAAAACAUAAGGUAAACAGCGAGCAAAUGGAAUAUACGUGUUUGUGUUUGUGUGUGUGUGUGUGUGUGUGUGUGUGUGUGUGUGUGUGUGUGUGUGUGUGUGUGUGUGUGUGUGUGUGUGUGUGUGUGUGUGUGUGUGUGUGUGUGUGUGCGUGCGUGCGUGCGUGCGUGCGUGUAUAUAUAUAAUAUAUAUAUAUAUAUAUAUAUAUAUACAUAUAUAUAUAAAUAUAUAUAUAUAUAUAUGUAAAUACAUUUAUGUGUGUGUGUGUUUUUUAAAUCCACUUUAUAAUCAUGUUUUCCUGACGUUUAAGAACAUUCUUUGAUGGAAUUAGACACACUUAUGUUGCAGGGAAAUGAAUGCUGUCCUCAUUCAGAGCACUUAGUUGUUACUGUCGUUUGAUUUAUUUUUCCACCGUGUGCAGGAUUUUACUUGAUGAACCAAAUGUUCUUCUUACCGCUCCUUUUUUUUUUUGAGUAGGGUCGUGUAUCUCCAAGCGAUGUAGUCUAUCCAGGGACAAAGUGCAAUGAUCUUUCUUUUAGCUUGUUUAUGGUGUAUAAAUGUGCAUACGUGACCACACGCGUGUGGCCUUUUUUUUGUAACUGAUCGGUCCAAUCCGAGCGAGAGCGACAUUAAUUAGUCUUUGCAUUAAGAUCACCCCAGGUUAAUGUUGAAAUAUCAAUUGAGGCAUCAUGUGACUUGUCACUCAGCCAAUUAAAUCGAAUUGUUUUCAUAAAAAUAUGCUUUCUUUUGUUCUCCAGUCUGUGCAAUGUUUCUGUGGGCUCUUUGUCAAACUGUGAUUCUAACUUUAUAGAUUUUGUUUUUAAAUGAAGUAUGUGUGUAUAUAUGCAGUAUAUGAACAUACUGUACAUAUGCAUAUCAAUAAAUAAGAAUAUCCUCCUGUGUAAGAGAAUGUAUAGAAUACAUGAAACUACUGAAAUAAAUGAAGUUGUCCGAGAUAUUCUAGUUUAUUGAGCUGCACUUGUGUACAUGGUGGCUCCAGGGAAUAAAAUAUGUCUUAACUCUAUGAAA